AUGAAUAAUCUAAAAAUAAUUAAAUAUUUAGAAAAAAUUCACGAAGAAAUUUUUGAAAAACAUAAUCAUAAUUUAUUAGAAAAAUAUUAUAAAGAAAUACCAGAAAAAAUUUUAAAAUUAACAGAUAGAAUGAAAAUAGUAAUCGAAUGUAUGGAAAAAGCUAUAAAUGAAAAUGGAAAUU